AUGGCCACAUAUCUACGCACAGACGUCCAUGACGGUUGGGUCUUCAAGCAAGCAGACAAGCCAGACUCGGACUUCCGACCCGUGGCCCAGUUUCCCACCGUCAUCCAUCUCGACCUAUUACACCAUAACCUGAUCCCUGAUCCGCCUAAAGACAGAAACAGCGAGCUGAUCCAAUGGGUCGGUGAGAAGCAAUGGCUCUACAAGACUUCAUUCAUCUCACCGCAGGCCCCAUCAAGCACCGGCAAGGUGUCUCAUACAAUGGUGUUCGAUGGCCUUGAUACAUAUGCCAAGAUCAGUCUAAACGGCAAAGAGAUAGCCAGCACCGCCAACAUGUUUCUUCAAUACCGUGUUGAUGCCACAGAGGCACUGAAGCCAGCAGGUGAAGAAAACAGCCUCGAGCUUCUUUUCGACUCUGCGUUCUUGGAGGGCAAGCGCCUGGAAAAGGCACAAGGCUAUAAGAACCUGUUCUGGAAUGGCGAUUCCUGCCGUAUGAACGUCCGCAAAAUUGGAUGUCACUUUGGAUGGGACUGGGCACCAACGCUGCUAACUUGUGGCCCGUGGCGACCCAUUUACCUCGAGUCAUUUGUAACACGUAUCGCCGACGUGAACAUUGAUAUUGAUGUUGCAGACUCGCUAGAUGUUGCAAUUGUGACUGUCACGCCAGAGUUGCAGGGCCACGAUGGCAAUGAUAAGUCGGUCCAGGUCAGCAUCAGCAGUCCAGAUGGAGAAGCUGUUUUCACUGGCAAUGGGAGCAGCAGUGCGACCCUCAAAGACCCCAAACUGUGGUAUCCAGUCGGCUAUGGAAAGCAGCCGCUGUACACGGUGACAGCUACUCUGGGUGACCAGCAGGUCGUCCGCAAAGUUGGUAUCCGUCAUCUACGUUUGGUCCAGCGACCUCUCGAGAACGGAGCUCCAGGAACAACCUUCUUCUUCCAGGUCAACCAGAUCCCCAUCUACUGCCGCGGUGCUAACUGGGUGCCUGGAGAUACCUUCUUGCCGAGGAUCAAUGCGAAGCGCUAUCGUCAGUGGAUCGAGCUGGCUCUCCACGGUAACCAGAACAUGAUUCGCGUGUGGGGAGGAGGUCUUUACGAAGAUGACUCUUUCUAUGAGAUUUGCGAUGAGCUUGGAAUUCUCAUAUGGCAUGACUUUCAGCUCGGGUGCGGUGUUUAUCCUGUCUCCGACUUUAUGACCAACACCAUCCGUGAGGAAGCCAUUUACAACCUCAAGCGACUGCGACACCACCCAUCCAUCGUCUUGUGGUGCGGAAACAACGAGGACCACAUGUUUGCGGAGCUGCAUCACCUUGAAUACGACAUCAACGACAAGAACCCAGAUAAUUGGCUCAAGACGAACUGGGCAGCACGCUGGUAUUACGACAAGAUGCUCCCCGAUAUCUGUGCCGAGCUCGUUCCUCGUGUCCCUUACCACAACUCAUCUCCCUGGGGCGGCACAUACAGUAAUGAUCCAACUGUUGGAGACAUCCACUCUUGGAGAGUAUGGAUGGCAGAUCAGCCGCGCUACCCGUACCAAGACUAUGAGAAGCUCACCGGCCGCUUUGUGAGCGAGUUUGGUAUGAAGUCAUCGCCUUCUGUUCACAGCGUCCGCCAGCUCAUAACCGAUCCUGCGGAGAGACACCCCCAGUCUCGUACUUUUGACAAUUGGUUCUGCGCGCCAGAAGACCAGCGCACUCUGUCAAUGUACUUGAUUGACAAUCAAAAGUACGACAUUGCCUCUCUGCAGGCAUAUGUAUACGCUACUCAGCUCAACCAGGCCGAGGCAACCGACUACUCGCUGCGUCCUUUCCGGCGCCUCUGGAAGGGCCCUGGACAAGAGGAAUGCGCUGGUAGCCUAAUUUGGCAGCUUAACGACUGUUUCCCAGCCGCGAGUUGGUCUUUGGCCGAUGCGUUCCUCCGCCCUAAGCUGGCUUACUUUGUUGCCAAAAGAGAUUUUGCGCCCAUCAUUGUUGGGUGCGCAAGAACGACGGUAGAGCAUCCUGCCGAUGAGUUCACUCGUGUAUUCGUAGAACGCGUUACCUCGGCGGAUGUUUGGGCCAGCAACUGCACCACCUCCGAGGUCAAGUUGACCAUCACGGUAGCCUUCUACUCCGUCUUGGAUGGCAAACUGCUCGCCUCCAAAUCUGAAGAAGUAACUCUACCACCAAAUCGCUCGACGGAGCUACAAAAGGUCAAUUUUGAUGAAAAAGAAUGGGGAGUCAAGCAAGAGUCUGUAGUCGUCGCUACGAAGCUCACCAAGAAUGGAGAUGUGCUGGCCCGCUAUGUCAACUUCCCACAGCCGUUGAGACAUCUCGAUUUUUCCGCUGCGGAGGUUACCGUUACCAAGAAAGAAAUUAAUGAUUCGACCAGAUCAUUCGAACUUGCCGUCUCGGUCAUGAAUGGUGCAGCUAAGGGUGUAGAAUUGAUGAUUGACACUUUGGAUCCGGAUGUUGCAGACAGCUAUGUCUUCAGUGACAAUGCCUUGGAUCUUGUUCCGGGUGAAGAGCAGAUUGUAACUGUUACUGCUGUCGCUGGUACGAAAGCCGAUCUUGAGAAAGUCAAAGUAGUGGAGCAACAUUAUGGUUCUGUGGCCACAAAACAGAGUCUUGUGUUGAUGUAA